ACAUUCGAUGUGGAUUGUCGGCCGAGAACAUCCGGCGGAGAUCCACUGGACGUGCGGCUUCGAUUUGACGACAGUUCGCUGCCAAUUUCUGUUAACGAUCUCAACGAUGGCACUUAUGAACUGUCCUUCAGGGUACAACAGUCGGGCGAUUAUGUGGUUGACGUGGACAUCUUUGGUCGUCCAAUAAAAAAUAGCCCAUUUCCCGUCUCGGUUUCGUCGCACCAUAUGCCUAAAUGGCAGUUGCCUGUCGAACUUCAUCAGCCUGUCAAGGUAGCAAUGAAUGGAGAUCAUGUGCUUCAUGUUCUCGAUACUGGAAACGAAAGAGUGAGAAUUGUCAAAGAUAGCGGAGAAGUGGUUAACGACAUCAAGGCGCCAUGUCUGAACGGCGGCACGGCCGUUGGUAUGGCACUUUUAAGUGGAGGUGACAUGGCGAUUCUAAACUGGAGGACGAAGAGCAUCACGCGCCUGGGACCGAAAGGGGACGAGAUACAAAGCAUCAGCUUCUCCGAGUUCAACGAGCCGAUUGAUCUUGCUGCUGAUCAUCGUGGGAGAUAUCUUCAUAGCUGA